AUGUCCGAUCUUCAACCGGAAUCUUUGGAAACAUUCGAACGUCUUUUAUCUGAACAAACAUCAUAUAUCAAUGAAGUUGAUCAACAAAUUUCGAAAUGGACACAAUUUCAAAAUGAUUAUCGUCAUUUACAUACACGUCUUUCAACUUUACCUGAUCGUUUAACAUAUGAAUGUAUGGUACCAUUUGGUAAAUUAGCAUUUAUACCUGGUCGUAUAGUGCAUUCCAAUGAAAUUCUUGUCUUAUUGGGUGAUAAUUAUUUUGUUGAACGUACAUGUAAACAAUCGAUUGAAAUAGUUAAUCGUCGUUUAAAAAAUAUUAAUGAAAAUAUUGAAAAACAUCAGAAAGAAAAAGAAGUAUUUAAUCAACAAAAACAAUAUACAACUAAUUUUCUUGAUGAUAAAACAAAAUUUAUUGAAAUUAAAGAAACUGAUGAUGAUGAUAAGAAUAAUAAACAAGAAAAAAAAACUUUAAAUCGACGUGCAAAAUUAACUGAAGAUGAAAUACGUGAAGAGAGACGUCGUUUACAAGAACGUGCUAUGAAAAUGAAUGAAACACAAAAAAAACAUGUACAUUUCGAAGAUGAUCAUAUGGAAGUUGAUAGUGAUGAUGAUGAUGAUGAGGAGGAGGAAAUUCCUAACCAACAAUUUAAAAAAAUAUGUAUUAAUCAUACAAAAUCAAAUAAUGAACCUAUAGGAGAUUCAUCUCCAGCGCUUUAUGCUCACCCUGGAGCUAUUGGUAAAACUGAACCAGCAGUAUUUACUGAACCAGUAGCGUUCACUGAAAAAUCUGAACCAGUAGCGUUUACUGGAAAAACUAUAGAACGACAAGAUACAACUACUACUACUGAACCACCACCCAAACGAUUAUCUAAAUUUCGAGCUUCACGUCAAUAA